AUGGUCCUCAGAGAAGACACGGAGAGAUCAACGUACACGCAAAAAGUCGACUUUGCGAAACUCCGCUCCGAGUUACUGAAUGCAGACUCUACGGAAGCGCAGCUGACCCGCUCUUCCCACGAGAAAAUCGCUGCGGAUCUGGCCAAGCUUAACUCCCGUCUGCGAGAUGAGAUUGGACGUACGCAAGCUUCCGUCCGUUUGGAUUUGAACCUCGAGAAAGGCCGCAUCCGCGAAGAGGCGAACGGUCAGGAGAUGCGGAUUAAGGAAACGGAAACCAGAAUCGAACAAGAGGUAGCUGGGUUGAGAGAACGUGUCGAGGCUGUCAAAUUCUCCACUCUCCAAUGGCUGAUGGGUGUCUGCACCGGUACUGCUGCUCUUAUUCUUGGUGCGUGGCGUCUGCUCAUGUGA